AUGUACACUAUUGCCCUCCGUCCGUCUCAUCUGCUUCUUCCCCGCAGGAAGGGCUUGUCCCAGUCAGCCUUGCCGUACCGACGCAGCGUGCCCACGUGGCUGAAACUUACUUCUGAUGAUGUAAAGGAACAGAUCUACAAGCUGGCUAAAAAAGGCCUGACUCCCUCACAAAUUGGUGUGAUCCUGAGGGAUUCCCAUGGUGUUGCCCAGGUUCGCUUUGUCACUGGCAACAAAAUUUUGAGAAUCCUUAAAUCGAAGGGACUGGCCCCAGACCUUCCAGAGGAUCUUUAUCACUUGAUCAAGAAAGCUGUUGCUGUUCGAAAGCAUCUUGAGAGAAACAGAAAGGAUAAAGAUGCCAAGUUCCGCCUGAUUCUGAUCGAGAGCAGAAUCCAUAGGCUGGCUCGCUACUACAAAACCAAGAGAGUGCUGCCACCCAAUUGGAAGUAUGAAUCAUCAACAGCUUCUGCCCUGGUCGCAUAAAAGCUGGCAAAGACUUACUGAAAGAAUAAAUUUCCUUUAACU